CUGACUUCAUUUGUGUAAUAAACUUGAGUUGCUGCUAUCAGGAUGAACUUCUUUGGCCUGAGUUUGUUCGUGAUCCUCGCAUUGCAAUCGUGGCAGUUGGGCACUAGUGACUGCUGCACUAAGAUCCAAGUCAGGUUUAAGAUAAAGAAAGGCGACGAUUGUCAUAAUUAUCACAAAAGUUACAAGGUGAUUUUUAGUAAACAGUGCACUAAGCGGUUGUGUAGAGACUUAUCAGCGAAUUCGCUAUGUUGUGGUGUUGGCAGUUGCGACGUAUUCUGUUGCAACUGUGAUGGCGGCUGCCUUCAAGGCGAUAUUGCUGAGCAACUAGAUAAAUUGUAUGGCAAUAAUAUCACAUUGGUCAAACCCAAACCUAAGAAAUCAACAAAAAGUUCAGAAGACCUACAAUCUCAGCCAGUCUCAGUUACUCCUUAACGGAUGGCAAUUGGUGUUGAAUUUGCACUUUUAAAUUAAAUAAAUAUAUUUUGCUGUUUCUUUUUUGUA